UAUAUAAAAGGGGAGUACUGGACGGCUACUGAUAGCCGUCCGCCAGUGUACGUCCAGCCGGAAAACUGUCAGCAUGAACGGUGUAGCACUUUUACUAGUGAUUGCCCUAGCGGCAGGUUCUUCCGAGGGCCGGAUCUUUCGAAAACAUGUUCUAACAAAAAUAGUCCAUGUGCCAAUGCCGUUCCAUGUCAAAAAACCAGUUAUCAUCAACAGACACCAUCUGAUGAUAAAACAGGUUCCCAAGAUCCAGACAGUAGUGGUGACAAAGAAAGUACCACAAAUUCAAAAAGUUCUUGUAAACAAGCCAGUCGUCAAGAACACCGUGCGAGACCGAACUUUAGUUGUGAAUAACCCAGUCCCAUUACAACAGAAACGUAUUCAGUCAGUACCAUCGCCUGUAGCUGUUAUUGGAGGACAGGGAGUUGGCAACAUGGGUUUCGCUCAAGGAAACAUCGGAUCAGGGCCGGGGCCAGUUGCUUUGAGCGUAGCACAAGGACCAGCUGAUUUCGGAGUUGGAAUUGGACAAUCCAAUUUUGGAAUUGGAAACGGGGAUUUUGGAUUAGGAAAUGGGGAUUUUGGAUCAGUAAAUGUUGGUCGUGGAAUAGGAAAUGGUCAUUCCGAUUUUGGAAUUGGAAAUGGAGAUUUGGGAUUCGGAAAUGGGGAUUUAGGAUUUGGGAAUGGGGAUUUAGGAUUUGGGCAAGGACAUUCUGAUUUGGGAUUAGGAAAUGGAGAUUUAGGAUUAGGAAAUGGGGAUUUAGGGUUUGGGAAUGGGCAUUCAGAUUUGGGAUUAGGAAAUGGAGAUUUAGGGUUUGGGAAUGGGGAUUUGGGAUUAGGAAACGGGCACUCAGAUUUCGGUCUAGGAAAAGUAAAUUCUGAUUUCGGACUGGGAAAUGGACAUUCUGAUUUGGGAAAUGGAAAAAAUGCCAAUUUAGGAGGUGGGUUAGGAGGAAAAGAUCUUGGACUUGGAUUCGACCAAAUGGGUGUUGUUCCAAUUGGUGGCCUCGGUGCAUUUUCUGAACAAGGUUCGCUGAACGGUGGCGGAGAUGGUGGAAUAUUUCAAGAAGCACAUUAGGACAAAAUAAGACGCGAGGAAGAACAUUUAAUCAGAAGCAAGUCAUUGGUGUGCAGCACAAUACUGCUGGCUGACGUAUCCUGUUUUUGUUUACUUACAAUCAUUUGUUAACUUGGCACUAUGUUUACUCAGUGAUAAUACAGUUAUGUUACCAUGGUUA